CGAGCAGACGACCGUCGAGCAGUACUCUCCCGGCCGGCGCCCCGAGCGCACCACCGCACACGACGGGACCCGCCCGCCCCGCGAUCUAACUUCGACGUCAACGGCAUCGGCGUCUACAAUGGACACAAACGGCAUCGUUGCGUUUGAUGGCGCUCGAUCGAAAAUGUGAAGUGAUCCGAUUGUGGUUCCGUGCCGUGUUCUUUGAAUACGAUAUUAUUAUUUUUUUUUUUAAGUGUUUUUUUUUAUCAUGGAGAUUCCCGGAUUUGUUCUUGGCUUUAAUGAUGCCUGCUCAAGCUGCACUAAAGGAACAACAAAUAUAUUAAUGUGAACACGAAGCUCAUUUUUCUUUCCGACUUCUGGGAGCAAGCAGACAAUAUGGGGAUCAUUAUACGCUACACGGUGCGCACCAGCGCCAUGGUGCUGGUGAUGGUUGGAGGAACUACUGCCAGGGUCGCCGGCAAGAUGGGAGGCUACUCCAAUAAAAAAGGGGGAAAAUCGACAAGCGGCAUCAACGAGGAGAUAAUCUGGAUUAGUAUAAGCAUGGCGAUCGCUAUAGCUGUUCUUAUAGCUAUCGCGCUGUGCUACAUACUUAAGGAGAAGUGUAUGAAGCGCAAGGCCUACAGGGACCAGUCAUGACGAUACCAGGAGGAGUUCGCGAAGCACGCCCUCGCGGACUCCCUCACCGACCUCGACUUCGAGCUACCUGCCUACACUUUAUACCCUCAGUAUUCUCCCGACGGCAAAGAAUACUUCUACAAUUUCCAUCGCUUCUCAUACAUACGCAAUAGCUUCAAGCUACCACCCAAAGACUACCCGAUAAAAACUAAAGAAGACAUCUACAUUAACGCGUGAUAAUGCCUCCAGUGUAUAUAUGUGUGUGUUUAGAUAUAUUUAAUGUAAUGUAACAUAGUUCCAUGUGAAUGUAAGUGAAUGUUUAGAAAUUAUGUAUAGACAUCGAAUGAUUGUGUGUUAUUAAUAUUGCAUGUAUCUACUGAAUCGAACUAAUGUUACGUAUAUCACCACUGUAUCAUGACCUAUAUAAUAAAAUAAAUAUUGACUUCAGUUUUCAGAAAUCAAAUAAAAUGGUUAUAUACCAAAGUUAAAAAUAUGUUAUAAAAUGUGGAAAGUUCGGGUGUUCCAAUACUAUGUGGAUAGUGAGUACAAUUUGUACAUAAAAAAUAAAUAUUUUCAUCGACAAAGGGUAGUACUGAUAUUUCACCCAACUGUGAUAGAAUACUGGCUCGAAAUUUCGCAUAGAAAUAUCGUUUCCUUUGAAGUAUGCCGUACUUCCUUGGUCGUAGAGCACACUUUGUGUUUGUUGAGCUCAUAGUAGCCCGUAGCAACGAAAGGACGCUAUGAUUUACUCGUACCACGUUUUCACACCAUGUUCUAUAAGAUUCUGCUUUGAUUGUUAAUACAAGAUGCUUGCGAUCUGAUAUUCUCUGAACCAAUCUUAAUCUGCAGAUUUAAUAAUUUGUGGAUAUUAAUCAGAAUUAUAAUUUAUUAUUAAAUCAUAAAUGAUAAAAUUGAAUGUUCUAAUUAAUACAGGAAUUUUGUAAUGAAAAGUAUUAAUAAGUACUUACGUAUUAGGUGAUUGUACGUGCCAAAUUACAAAUUAUAUUUUCUGCAUUUGGUUAAAAAAAUAAGGACGAGUGGCAAUUUUACGUUCAAUCCCUGAAUCAGGUAAAUUUUAUUAUUAUCACUAGAUUUUUCGAUAAAAUCUACGAAUUUUAAGAUUUAGUUUUGCAAUCCUAAUAUAUAUUCAUAUAUAAGAGCCAUGGCCUGCGAGCCCCAUAUUUUAAGGUAAGCGUGCACAGGCCCAUAUCGUGCGCAUCGCAUGCAACGGAUUUUAGUUUGUCUUGUAUAGAAACUCAUACAACUGCGUCCACUGAUCCGUAUCGUACGGACCGCAACAUCAAUAAUACCUACAUGCGAUGCGUACCGAUGACGUCAAACGCAAUGCGUGCGAUGCGUGCGACCUUUACACACCUUUGCUACCUGUUAUCAGCCAAAGUAACCACAGAAAAAUGGUGUUUUUUUUUAAAUAACGUAUGUCUGGGCCUCGCGGGCUCUCGCUCUAUACAUAUAACAAAAGUAAAUAGAUGUAAGGUAAUGUCAAAUGUUUAUAUUUAACAUGAACUUAUUUUCAUCAUUGUAAUCAAUGCCAGGCAUUUGUAAUAAAUUAAUUAAUUGACCAAACGUAACUUGUAUUAAAUAAUAUACGAUAAUUUUUUUUUAGAAAACAACAAAAUAAAUGAGAUGUGUAUAA